AUGCGACGAGUGCGCGAGUGCACCGAGAAUACGCAGCGCACCUAUGACAUCCUCCAUUCGGAGCUGCAGCGCUGCCAGGCACUGCGCAGCCAGAACCUCAAGACGUUCAUCGAGCAGCUGCGCGUCGAGAUAAGCAAGUGGUGGGAUCUAACGCUCAAGAGCCAGCAGGAGCGCAAGCGUUUCUCCAACUACUACUAUAAGUAUUACAACGAAGACCUGUUGGAGCUGCACGAGCUGGAGCUGGAUGAUCUGAAGAGCUUCUACACGUGCAACAAGGAGAUUUUCGAUCUGUACGAGAGCCGUGCAGAACUUUGGUCCCGCAUGCAGGCUCUAGAGGCAAAGGCCAACGAGCCGAAUCGUUUCAACAAUCGUGGCGGCCAGUUCCUUAAAGAGGAAAAGGAACGCAAGGUGCUGCCCGUCGGCGGGGCUCAGCAUCAGCGCAAUCGCGUGGCUGUGCCACGAAUUCGCCAUGUCCUCGUAAACCACAAUUCGGUGGCGUCGGCCGCCAACACACCAUCAAAGCAGGCGGUCAAUCAGGAGGAGAGGCCUCGAUUUGGCAAUCAAUUGAAGCUCCCAUCGCCACGUGAAAAUCGCAUGUGGCCGAAUCCACGAUGA